AAGAGAUUGCGAACAGUGUAGUGUGGUCAAAUAAACUGGAACCAUGUUUCAGUCGCAGCAUUAUUUCGAGGGAUACUGUUCCACGCCUUCAUUCGUGAGGGAAAGGUCAGUGAACAGGAGUUUGACUCUGCUUCAAAUGACUCAGCAUGUGCGGGACAGACACCAAAGACUCGCCACUCCGGACAAGGCAGCAGUGAUGGACCUGUCCUCUAGUUUUGAGAAAAGGCGGUUAGGUAAACAACAACAAAUUCUCUCAGACAUCGCUGCCAGAUGUCGCGAACAGGAAAUCAACGAUCUUUCCAGUGAAAUAGCAGAGAAGAUGGUUCUACAGGAAGGAGCACAGGAACCGGAAGUGUCGACAUAUAUGACAAACUACAUGGCGAAAAAAGAAAGAACGAUUGAGGAUCUAUCUGGAAGAGACGACAUCAAAACCCCUCGGAAGGAAGUCAGAAAAGGUAAAAGUAACCUACAUAGAGGCUACAAAUCAUUUCCUGCCAGAAAAAUAAUCAAGCACCCCAGAAACGAGUUUCAAAAAGCAUCGCUUCCGAAAGUAAGGAUAGCGUAUAUCAAAGGGAUGCCCCGGGCGGUGCCCAACAGCAGAACUAGGCUUGUGGAGACGCAGCCAAUCAACGGCCCUAUACAGCUAGAACAUUACAUCCAACCCAAACUGGACCCCCUGGCUCCUCUCAUCCGGGACACUUCAAGUCUUGACAAUGAAUACCAGAACCGGAUUGAUUCCUAUUUUUCAACCGCUCGUAUCAGUCUAGGAGCGAGAUCAAAGACAAUGUGGGAAACCGGAUCCGGUUUGAGUGGACCGAGUUACAUGAGUCACAAAAGCGCGAAACAUAUCAAACCGGUUAAGUCGAUGAUAUCUGAGUUUGAUCCUGCUAGCGAUACCGAUUCACCGGGGCCGCCAGUUAGUCAGCUCAGCAAAAUCACCCAGUAAGAGACGCUUUCACAGCUCUUGUGACAUCCUCGAUUAUGUAGGAUGCUAUAUCCCCAUUUUACGAUAAAACCC